AUGACGGACGCCACGAACGCAGCGCGGAACCAAUCGGAGGCGUCACCGAGCAAACGCGCGAGCCGUUCGCCCGCGCGCGCGGGAUCCGUCGACGUCGAGGCGUCCGUCGUCGUGGAUUUGACGACGAGCGCGGGCGCGACGACGACGACGACGGAUAAAGCGACGACGACGUCGAAGAAGGCGGAGAGAGAGGCGGAGAAGGCGCGAGUGCGAGCGGAGAGAGAGGCGGCGAAGGAGGCGGAGAAGCGAGCGAAGGCGGAGGAGAUCGAACGCGCGCGCGAGGAGAAGGCGCGAAUGAAGGCUGAGAAGGAUGCCGAGAGAGAACGCGUCAAGGCGGCGAAGGAGGCGGAGAGAGAGGCGGAGAGAGAGGCGAAGGAGGCGGAGAAGGCGCGAAUGCGGGCGGAGAAGCUCGCGGAGAGAGAGGCGAAGGAGGCGGAGAAGAGAAGAGCUGAAGAGGAGAAGGCGCGACUCAAGGUGGAGAAGGAAGCCGAGAAAAUCGCAGAGAGGGAGGCGAAAGAGGCGGAGAAGCGAAAGGCUGCGGAAAAGAAGGCAAAGGAGGCCAAUCGUUUCGCCAGAUUUUUUACUCCAGGGAAAGCCAAGAAGAGUGAGAAGCCGGUGACGCCGAGUGUCAAAACGCCAGAAAUUUCUAGCGAGGUGCGAACGCGACUGGACAACAUCGUGCGAGCUCAUGAUGAGACGGAGAGCAUCGAUACUAUUCGGAACGAAUUGCUAUCGCGAUGGAGAUCAAAGUGCGCAAAAGCUAGUCGGUGUUUGAAGAAUAGAUGGGGUGCGCGACGAGUCAAUCCCGAGGUCGAAAUCGUAGCGGUGCUUUGUUUCGGCACAAAGAAGCGCAAACGAGACGAGAUCGAAUCUACAGUCAAGGCCGCGAGGCGCAGGCGGCUGUUCGAUAUCGACGUGGAACUGUACGAGCGACCUGCGUUUUGGGGUACUGGCCCGUUUCCGAACCGUCCGCUGAAAGCCUCGGUCGUUACUGGUCGAAACCCUUUUAAACGCGAGGCAGAUGUCGAUUACGAGUACGAUUCCGCUCACGAAUGGGAAGAAGAGGACUCUGGGGAGAGUCUUUCCGACGGAGACGAAGAGGAGGACGAGCCGAUGGCGCCGUCUGAUGACGACGACGACGGAUUCAUCGCUGGAGAAGAUGAAGCGAUUGGCGACUUUGAGAAGUUUGACGCUACCGCGAUCGGCGACGACGAAGAAACGGCGCGGCACCGAGCCACAAUUUCGAUGCUCGCCAACCGCGCGCGCAGAACAGGCGAAGCUCUGGUUAUUUCGAGUUUGCCAGCCCACUUGGAAACGAACGAGGCAGCUGAGGAUCCAGCGCUUCUUCGGGUUUUCUCGCUCGCAUCGUCAUUCUCGUCAGCGCCCCGCAUCGGUGCGCAUGCUUCGACGUCAAACUCGUCGCCCGCAACCAAGGCGCCCACAGGGAAGCCGUCUGUGCGAGAAUCUAUGAGGAAACUCAGCGCUGACGACGUCGUACAAGAAAAUCUGCGGAUGCUGGUCGAAUUUCUAUUGAAACAUCCUUCGUUGCGUGUGGGACAGGCAAGCAAGCAAUUCUUCGAAGAGGCGAUCCAUACUGUUGCGGGAUUGUCAGCUGCUGCGGUCAAGCGCAAAAUAACUGAAAUCGCGACUUACACGGCAAAAAUGUGGAUAGUGACGCAACAGGCGCUAAAAGCCGUCGGUCUCGAUGAAAAGGAAGUUAGGAGGUUGCGAGAAAACGCUGUCAGCGUCCCUCAGAGCGUUCACAAACCAGCGAAGCGACAAAAGCUGGACGAGUCCACCACUUUGGAGAACUUUUUUGGCCGCAACGAAACGACUUCGACACAGGAGCUCCCACGCACCACCGAUUCGCCAGUUUGGUUAAAAGCGAUUACGAGCGUCAGCGCCGCAAAGAAGUCGAAAGAUAAUUUAUUCGGGGUUGAGUACGUGUACCUGUUCGAUGCUGACGCUCUGCGAACGUGUGUGACACGCGGUGCUGUGCCUGAUUUUUUUGUGUCCUUCCUGAUCAAGAGCGUCGGCGUAGCUGCUACGCGGGUUUCAUUCCGGCUCGCGUGCAAACAGCUACUCGUUAGCGUGAUCCGUGCGAUGUGUGAAGCGCAAAACGGUGUCGGCAACGCGCGUAUAGGGAUGCCCUCUCAGGCCAGUAUCGAGGCAGCAUGCCACGGCACUGCGUUGCGAAAUGCGCUGAUGUCGUGCAUUGAAAACGCAGAGAAGAAUGACUCCCUGAGAUUUGCGGCGCUUGAAAUCGCUGAUGCUAUCGCGGCGUGUUCAGUCGGUCGAGAGUUCCUCGCCAAUUUUGUGUCCACGCCCGUGCUGGUUUGUUGCACUGACGCUCUGAUGAAACGAGACGAGUCAUCGAGGUUGGCGAUGCGCGUCUUAAACGCGAGUUUUGCUGACGAAACGUCCAUUGAGACGUGCUCCAUCAUGCGACCGAACGAGUUUCUCAAGCUUUCGACGCAUGUCGCGAAAAGCAUUAGGUACCCAUCGCCUUCGAUUGUUGAUUUUACUGCGUUCAUGAUGGAUGGUUUGCGCUUGCUCGAAAAGUUCUUGGGAGCAGCUCUUAGCUCGACGGAUGUGAACGCCGCCACCUCCACCGUCGUGGUGGCCCUAGAAGGGUGUCUAGUUUCACGCGACGACGCUGAGGCGCAAGCGUGGAACGAAGCUACAAUCACGAUACUGAACAUGACGAGGAGAACUGCUUCAUCGCUCGCAUUGGGGGAAGACAACACGACACGAAUACGAGACGCCUUGAACGCUCUGAGCGCAUCAGAUAAAAUUGAUUCAACAAUUCUUCAAGAAACGCAAAGCGCCUUCGAGAACGCUGUCGGAUAA